CACUAAAAAUAGCUGCAAUAUAGACCCUGUGACUUACCACUCCUCAGAACAGUCGGAUAUGAACAGAGCAGGGUCCACUGGCCACUGAAAAUCUUCUGCAUUUGUUUUUCUUGCUUGAAGCCCUUAAAGCCAAGGGGAACUUUAGGACUUGGGGGUACUUUGGCCCUGAUGCAGACUCUUGAAAACCUCAGAAACGCAUGGUGACGAUAUGACCAAGAAUCUUCCUGGCCUCGGGAGUGCAUGACCGUUGGCAAUAAUAGAAACCAGGCCCUUUAAGCUUUGGUUCAUGGUGGGACCUUCUUUGUUCCUCACCACCAGGCCCGUUGCAUCUCCACUUCUAAGGCGGCGACAGCAGCGGCAGCGGGGGGAAAAGCGGAUUCCGCCCGGAGCCACACUGAGAGCUCGCGGUCGCGACUUGCCGCCCUAAGCGCUCUCGCAAGUCCAGCCAGCUCGGCGAGGACUUCCUUCUCCUGGACGAAUCUUGUCAAGCAAGCUGGGAUCUAUGAGUGGAAAGGUGACCAAGCCCAAAGAGGAGAAAGAUGCUUCUAAGGUUCUGGAUGACGCCCCCCCUGGCACACAGGAAUACAUUAUGUUACGACAAGAUUCCAUCCAAUCUGCGGAAUUAAAGAAAAAAGAGUCCCCCUUUCGUGCUAAGUGUCACGAAAUCUUCUGCUGCCCGCUGAAGCAAGUGCACCACAAAGAAAACACAGAACCCGAAGAGCCUCAGCUUAAGGGUAUAGUUACCAAACUAUACAGCCGACAAGGCUACCACUUGCAACUGCAGGCAGAUGGAACCAUUGAUGGCACCAAAGACGAGGACAGCACUUACACUCUGUUUAACCUCAUCCCUGUGGGUCUUCGGGUGGUGGCUAUUCAAGGAGUUCAAACCAAGCUGUAUUUGGCAAUGAACAGCGAGGGAUACUUGUACACCUCGGAACAUUUCACACCUGAGUGCAAAUUCAAAGAAUCAGUGUUUGAAAAUUAUUACGUGACAUACUCAUCAAUGAUCUACCGUCAGCAGCAAUCCGGCCGCGGGUGGUAUCUAGGUCUGAACAAAGAAGGAGAGAUCAUGAAAGGCAACCAUGUGAAGAAGAACAAGCCUGCAGCACAUUUUCUGCCCAAACCACUGAAAGUGGCCAUGUACAAGGAGCCAUCUCUGCACGAUCUCACGGAGUUCUCCCGAUCUGGAAGUGGGACCCCGACCAAGAGCAGAAGCGUCUCUGGUGUACUGAAUGGAGGCAAAUCCAUGAGCCACAACGAAUCAACGUAGCCAGUGAGGGCGAAACGAGGGCUCUAUAACAGAACCUUACCUUCAGGUGCUGUUGAAUUCUUCUAGCAGUCCUUCAUCCAAAAGUUCAAACUUAUCAGUGAGGUUUACCAAACACACAGGCAGACUUCCCUAUUCUAUCUGCCGUUAUACCUUGUUAUCACCCAUAUUAAAGCCCCAUAAUUUAGACUGAGCUUGUGCAAAAGAAUGCCAAGCAUUAUCAAUGAACUAAACCUGGAAGAAGGACUGCCAAAUUUUCUCAUGAUCUCACCUGUACUUUGGGGAUAAAUAAAACAGCAAAAAUAUUUAACAGCAGAAAUGCUGGUCAAUUUGCUUCCCAAUUAAGAAAAUUUAAAAGACCACAGCUAUUCUUAACAAAACAAAACAACAAAACAAAGUUAACUGCUUAAAUGUUUUGUAGGGGCAAACAAAUUCUGUGAACUGUGCUGUUUUCUUGGCUUCAUGUUUUCUAUCUCUGCUUGAUUCAAAUGUACUCUUUACUUUCAUAUAGUGCAACUUUAUGAUUUCUGAAAAUUAAUGGUUCUAUUAACUCUGUCACUUAAUCCAUAUUAACCAAAGGCAGGGUUGAAUCUGAAUUGGCAUCUGAGGUUCAAGGUAACCGUGUUCUUAUGGGUUUUCCUCUCUCUCACCCUCUCCUUUCCUCUCUCUCUCUCUCUCUCUCUCUCUCUCUCUCUCUCUCUCUCCCCUUUUUUGUUGUCAAUUAGAACUGUAGCAUUCAGGUCAAGUUCUUGUGCUGUACUUUGUGCGUAGAAAUUGAGUUGUAUCGUCAAUCCCAGUCAGUAAGAUAAGUUGAAACAAGAUUAUCCUCAAGUGUAGAUUUCUCUUAAUUCCAUUCGUGUAUCACGUGUAUCUAUUGUGGCUUCUUGUGUAAAGACAGGAACUGUGGAACAGUGGCAUUGUCUUUCGUGUUGUUCAAAUAAGAAGUGUCUCACCUGUAUAUGUACAAGUCCUCCUGUCAUUGGAUUUGGCACGUGAACAUUGUGAACAAGGCAAUGUUAAGAAUGGUUCCCCCCAAACAACAUAUAUUAUACCUGCUACUGGAAAAGUGUUUAAGACUUAGCUAGGUUUCCAUUUAGAUCUUCAUAUCUGUUGCAUGGAAGAAAGUUGGAAUCUUGGCAUAGAGUUGCAUGAUAUGUAAGAUUUUGUGCAUUAAUAAUUGUUAAAACCUGUGUUCCAAAAGUGAACAUAGCAUGUACAGGCAGUUUUCUGCCCUGUGCACAAAAAGUUAAAAAAAAAAAGUUGUUUAAUAUUUGUUGUUGUAUACCCAAAUGCGCACCGAAUAAACUCUUUAUAUUCAUUCAAAGAAAAA